CGCACUGAACGCAACAUCAUCAUCAGAACGUACCGUGAGCCCAACAUGGUCGCAGCGCACACUUCUUCACAGUCAUCACCAGCUGCCGAGUGGAUUACAUGUCUGGAUAAGAGGCCGGAAGAACGCUCAGGGGAAGAUGUGGAUAUAAUCUUAGCUCGUCUGAAAAGCGUGAAGGCCUUUGAGAGGUUUGAGCCCAGUUUGUUGCAGCAGAUAUGCAAGUGUGGAUUCUAUGAAUCCUUGGAAAAAGGCAUCACCUUGUAUCGCCAAGGAGACAUUGGCACCAGCUGGUAUGCUGUUCUCUCUGGGUCACUGGAUGUUAAAGUUUCAGAGACGGCACAUUGUCAAGAUGCUGUCACUAUUUGUACUCUGGGGACGGGCACAGCAUUUGGGGAGUCCAUCCUUGAUAACACCCCCCGAAAUGCCACCAUUGUCACGCGAGAAUUUAGUGAGCUCCUUCGUAUUGAACAGAGAGACUUUAGGGCUCUGUGGGAGAAAUAUCAUCAAUGCAUGGUUGCAGUUCUUGCACCACCCUGUGGUGUAAUGGAAAGUGUUUGCAGCUCAGAGCGAAUGCCCGAUAAAGAAAACAUAAACAACAGCUCAAUCAUUGCAGUCUGCAAACAUCAGAAUAAGGUGCCCUCUGAGAAGAUCCUGCGAGCGGGGAAGAUUCUUCGAAAUGCCGUCCUGUCCACAGCACCUCACAUAAUCAGGGACAGGAAGUACCAUCUGAAGACAUACAGGCACUGUUGCAUGGGGACAGAGUUGGUUGACUGGCAACUACAACAGAGCUCAUGCGUCCACUCUCGCAUUCAGGCUGUGGGCAUGUGGCAGGUGUUGCUGGAAGAAGGUGUUCUCAACCACGUGGAGCAGGAACUGAGCUUCCAGGACAAGUACCUUUUCUACCGCUUUCUGGACGAUGAACAGGAGGAUCCUCCUUUACCCAGUGAGGAGGACAGGAAGGAGAGCCAAGAGGAGCUGCAGGAUACACUGCUCCUGCUCUCACAGAUUGGACCUGAUGCCCACCUGAGGAUGAUUCUGAGGAAGCAUCCAUCAGAGAAAACGACAGAUGAUUUGGAGAUAAUAUAUGAAGAGCUGAUUCACAUAAAGGCCUUGUCGCACUUAUCUACCACUGUAAAAACAGAACUGGCAGGAGUGCUAAUCUUCGAGUCCCAUGAAAAAGCAGGAACAGUGUUGUUCAAUCAAGGAGAUGAGGGCACAUCAUGGUACAUUAUCCUGAAGGGCUCUGUGAACGUUUUAAUCUAUGGCAAAGGGGUUGUUUGCACGCUUCAUGAAGGAGACGACUUUGGGAAGCUUGCUCUUGUUAACGAUGCCCCGCGAGCUGCCUCCAUUGUUCUGCGAGAGGACAACUGUCAGUUCCUGAGGGUUGACAAGGAGGACUUCAACAGGAUUUUGAGGGAUGUGGAGGCCAACACUGUGCGUCUGAAGGAGCACGGUCAGGAUGUUCUGGUUCUUCAAAGUCUCAGCAGCAGUCGAACCUCCAGCCGUGGAGCCACACCAUCCAAUUACAAAUAUGCUGUAAUGUCUGGAACACCAGAGAAGAUUCUGGAGCACCUCCUUGAAAGGAUGCGGUUGGAUUCUCAAUUCACAGAGUCAGACUCUGCUUUAGAUGACUUUGUGCUCAUGCACUGUGUCUUCAUCCCAAACAGUCAGCUGUGUCCAGUGUUGAUGGCCCAUUACCACGCCCAGGCCUCGCAGGGCUCUGAUCAAGAGAAACUGGACUAUGCACUAAACAAUAAACGCAGGGUGAUCCGUCUGGUGAUGCAGUGGGCUUCUGUACAUGGAGAUUACCUACAUGAGGAGGACACCUCACUUUCUUUCCUAGAGGAAUUUUUCACUGCUGUAGCUAAUGAUGCAAAAGUGAUCCUAUCCCUCAAGGAUGAGCUAUCAGAAUUGGAGACCAUUGUUAAGUGCAACAUUGAAGAUGCCAGAUCCUCACAGAAAAAGCACAAAAUUCUGCUGCGACAAUUCAGCAUGGGAGACGAGAAGCUUCAGAAACGGCAGCCAAUCAAAAGUAAUGAUGAAAUUCUGUUCAAAGUCUACUGCUAUGACGAAACUUACACAACACUCCGAGUCUCUGUGGCUGCCUCAGUAAAGGAGGUUAUUGGUACUGUGUCCGAAAAGCUGGGGUCAGCGGACAACCUCUUCUUGGUCAGCCUGAGCUCAGCAGGAGAGAAAGUCAUCUUCAAACCCAGCGAUGUCUCAGUGUUCUCCACACUCAGUAUAAAUGGACGACUGUUUGUCUGUCAGAGAGAUCAGCUGGAUUCUUUGACACCUUUACCUGAGCAGGAGGGUCCCUCUGAAGGUUCUUUGGCCAUCUUUGAACUGAUGAGCUCUAAAGAUGUGGCUUAUCACAUGACUUUUUAUGACUGGGAGCUGUUUCACUGUGUGCAUGAGUUGGAACUCAUCUAUCACACAUUUGGGAGGCAAAACUUCAAGAAGGCAACUGUGAACUUGGACUUGUUCCUAAAAAGAUUUAAUGAAAUCCAGUUUUGGGUGAUCACAGAGAUCUGCCUGUGUUCUCAGUUCAGCAAACGUGUGCAGCUCCUCAGGAAGUUCAUCAAGAUUGCUGGCCACUGUAAGGAAUACAGAAAUCUGAAUGCCUUCUUUGCUAUCAUCAUGGGACUGAGUAACCCAGCAGUUAGCAGACUCAGUCAGACCUGGGAGAAACUUCCCAGCAAAUUCAAGAAGUCUUACGGAGAAUUUGAAAAUUUGAUGGACCCAUCCAGGAACCAUCGAGCGUACAGAUUGACAGUUGCUAAGCUGGAGCCCCCCAUCAUUCCUUUCAUGCCACUGUUGAUCAAAGAUAUGACAUUUACUCAUGACGGCAACAAGACGUUCAUUGACAACUUGGUCAAUUUUGAGAAGAUGAGGAUGAUCGCCAAUACAGUAAAAACAGUCAGACACUGCAGGAGCCAGCCGUUCAGUCCAGAUUCACCUCAGGCGAACAAGAGCCACCCAGAAGUGCGGAGCUACGUACGUCAACUCAAAGUGAUCGACAACCAAAGAACAUUAACUCAACUCUCUCAUGGACUGGAGCCUCGCAGGCUUUGAAGAUGCUCAGGGACAGAGAUGUUGAUGCUGCUGAAAUGCUACACAUGGAAGUGAUUGAACUGACAGACAGACAGUUGUGUGGAGGACCUACAGUGUAACGCCACAUCAGAUAAUGACAUUGUUUCAGAGGCCACAUCCCGUGCUGUUGAGCUUUUAAUUAUUGUAAUUUGUGAUAUUCUAAGAGCAUUGAUCUACUUGCUGUUGUGCUUUUAAUAUCUGUGUGCUGCUGCAGAAAUUACCGUCAUCUCCAAGUCAAAUAAUAGGAACAGCUGGUGAAAUGAAAGAUUUAUCUCAUUAUUAAUAUUUCAUAUUUAAAAUACACAUCAUAGAUAUUCUUCAUAAUCGUUUGUGUUCUAUUUUAGAUUUAUCAGAAGAUAUUUUUUAGUUGUCCAACUUUAUUAUGUGUUGUAAAUUGUACAUUAUUUUUUGUGAGCUCAGUCGUUUUAAAAAGUGCAAUGAUCUGAUUAAAUAUUUUAAAUA